AUCGAGACAAAGAGUACAGUGUUGUUGAAGAAAACGUUCCGCAACAACGUGUUCUGUAAGGCGCACCAGUGGUGUCUCUCCUCUACCAACGUGGCUGUUGAAGAACGCUUCACCUACCAAAAAGAGUUCUUCUCCCCGUACGAGGAAUCCAUCAAGGUUUUGUUCAACGAGCUGCCCCAGCUGCCGGACGUGCCCAAAGACUUCUUCCAACAGUUGCCCAACCUUCAGUACCUCCGUCUCCAGCACUGCGAGAUGCUCAGCGUUCUCCCGGCCGGGAUCUCAGACUGCACCAACCUGCGCAUGGUUUCCUUCAAGGACAGCGGCAUUCAGAACCUGCCCCCGGACCUGUUCCGCAUGCCCGCGCUGCAGAGGCUUCAUUGCAGAAGGCUGCCAGUACGAAGUCUGCCAACGAAUGUGAUGGAGUUCAGCCCCUUGACGGAGCUGGUCCUGUCGGGGCUGCUUCUGACGGCGUUGCCUGCACAGUUGAGUCAGCUGGCCAACCUGCAACUGCUGGAUUUGAACUUCAACCCUCUGCAGACACUCCCUAUGGAGCUGGCCAAACUGAGCAAGCUGAAAACCCUACUUCUCUCCGGUAUUCCCUGGGUUGUGAACGCUGGCUCCAAGGUUGAGAUUCCCUUAGAACAGUUUGAAGAAUUCCUCAAGGAGAACCCGCCUCUCAAGUACUACAUCGGCAGAGAGGUGAGCAGAACUUUGUUGGAGCCUUCUCGGAUAAGGGAGAAAAAUCUCGGAAGUCCCAUGUGCAAGUUGUGCACCUUAACACUUUGUGGUCACUUGGCACAAUAAUGCACUGGUGAAAAUUAUCCGUUCUGGUCACCUAGCGCAGUUCUGCACCAGGCCCAAGAAGUCCAUUGCAGUCGCUCUCUUGGCUGGAUAACCAAAUGGGGUAUUUUGAACUGCUGGCUGU